CCCCCCGCCCCGGAGAAGGGGUGAGCGGGGGCGGGCGAGGCAGCAGAGCGCCGGAUCCGCGGCGCUGCGCGAUGCUGCUGCCGGCGGCGCAGCCCUGAGCGUCCGGCUCGGCUCGGCCCGGCCCGGUGCGGGCACCCAGCGCGGCGGCGGCGGCGGCGGCGGCGGCGGCGGCGGCGGCGGGGGGCGGCGGCGGCCGCGCCCCCGGCGCGGAGACAAAGCCGGGGCCGAGCGCUGGAGGCGAGCGGCGGGGCCGGCCCCGCUGCGCGACCAGACGGGAGGCUGCGGCGGGAGCUGAGCUGACUUCGCCAGUGGCUGGAGCCAGAACGUGCUGCCCGGGACCAUGGGGAGCAGCAAGAGCAAGCCCAAAGACCCCAGCCAGCGCCGGCGCAGCCUGGAGCCCACCGAUAACACCCACCACGGGGGCUACCCGGCCUCGCAGACACCCAGCAAGGCGGCCGCUCCCGAUGCCCAUCGCACUCCCAGCCGCUCCUUCGGGACCAUGGCUGCCGAGUCCAAGCUCUUUGGAGGCUUCAACACCUCCGACACGGUCACCUCGCCGCAGCGUGCCGGGGCGCUGGCUGGUGGAGUCACCACCUUCGUGGCCCUCUACGACUAUGAGUCUCGGACCGAAACAGACUUGUCCUUCAAGAAGGGAGAGCGCCUGCAGAUCGUCAACAACACGAGAAAAGUGGACGUCAGGGAAGGUGACUGGUGGCUGGCUCAUUCCCUCACUACAGGACAGACGGGCUACAUCCCCAGUAACUAUGUCGCGCCCUCAGACUCCAUCCAGGCUGAAGAGUGGUAUUUUGGGAAGAUCACCCGCCGGGAAUCCGAGCGGCUGCUGCUCAACCCCGAAAACCCCCGAGGAACCUUCUUGGUCCGGGAGAGUGAGACCACGAAAGGUGCCUACUGCCUCUCCGUCUCGGACUUCGACAACGCCAAGGGGCUCAACGUGAAGCACUACAAGAUCCGCAAGUUGGACAGUGGCGGCUUCUACAUCACCUCCCGCACCCAGUUCAACAGCCUGCAGCAGCUGGUGGCCUAUUACUCCAAACACGCCGACGGCUUGUGCCACCGUCUCACCAACGUCUGCCCCACAUCCAAGCCCCAGACCCAAGGUCUUGCCAAGGAUGCCUGGGAGAUCCCCCGGGAAUCGCUGCGGCUGGAGGUCAAGCUGGGACAGGGCUGCUUCGGAGAGGUGUGGAUGGGGACCUGGAAUGGCACCACCCGGGUGGCAAUCAAGACGCUGAAGCCCGGCACCAUGUCCCCGGAGGCCUUCCUGCAGGAAGCCCAAGUCAUGAAGAAGCUCCGGCAUGAGAAGUUGGUUCAGCUCUACGCUGUGGUUUCGGAGGAGCCCAUUUAUAUCGUCACCGAGUACAUGAGCAAGGGGAGCCUCCUGGACUUCCUGAAGGGUGAGAUGGGCAAGUACCUGCGGCUGCCCCAGCUCGUGGAUAUGGCAGCUCAGAUCGCAUCUGGCAUGGCUUACGUGGAAAGGAUGAACUAUGUCCACCGGGACCUGCGGGCAGCCAACAUCCUCGUGGGGGAGAACCUGGUGUGCAAAGUGGCUGACUUCGGCUUGGCACGGCUCAUCGAGGACAACGAGUACACUGCUCGGCAAGGUGCGAAGUUCCCCAUCAAGUGGACGGCCCCCGAAGCUGCUCUGUACGGCAGGUUUACCAUCAAGUCCGAUGUCUGGUCCUUCGGCAUCCUCUUGACCGAGCUGACCACCAAGGGCAGAGUGCCGUACCCAGGGAUGGUGAACCGGGAGGUGCUGGACCAGGUGGAGCGGGGAUACCGCAUGCCCUGCCCGCCCGAGUGCCCCGAGUCCCUGCACGACCUCAUGUGCCAGUGCUGGCGGAAGGACCCGGAGGAGCGACCCACCUUCGAGUACCUGCAGGCUUUCCUGGAGGACUACUUCACCUCGACAGAGCCCCAGUACCAGCCCGGCGAGAACCUAUAGACCCGGAGCUGCUCCUGGCACCAGGGACGCCGCCGUCCUCGCCGCGGGACGCCGAGGGCUGGCCUCCCCGCCGAGGGGCCGGUUUUUGCGGAGCAGCCCCGGAGCAGGAUGGGGCAUUGCCUCCAGAUGCGGCCAGGGGAGGUGCUGGGUCCCCCCAUCACUCGUUAAGACUUCUGGCCUGUGUUUAAUGAAGCGGCACCGUCCCGUUGGCAAGAGGAGCCUGCGGGCACCAGCGGAGCCGUCUCAGGAGGGUGAGCGGAGCAUCUCCCGACGAGAGACUUGGCUUUUGGGAGACCUUUCCCCCCCCACCCAGCAGCUCUGGGGUGAGCUCAGAGGAAUUGGGGGGCAGCAGCCCCCACCUCGAACACGUGGCCCUGGCCUUCUACACCCCGUCUCUAAAUCAGCACAAAUUUCCCUGCCCCUUCGCCCUCCCCGCUGUCCCCCUUGGCUCCGGUUCUCCCGAAGGUGCUGGCAGAGACAUUUCACCAAGCCUUGGCUGGUUCAGAUGGGACGAUGUGCUGGGUGGUGGUGCCAGCGUGGGGUGAUGACAGGAUGCUGGCGGUGCCCCUUCCUCGGGCAUCCCUCCAGCCUCGCCGUGGCAGGGCUCUGAGCCGUGCUAGUGGGCGCCAGGAGCAUGAAACGUGGCUGCUCCUGGCUCCGGUGGCCGUCACCAUCCCGUAGGUGCACAUUCGAGUCUUCCAGCUGCAUCUGUCCCUCCAGGGGACCAGUCCUGUCUCUCCUGAGAGCGGCACCCAGGGGUGCCAGCAGAGCCCUCGCCCUGCCUGUGGCCAGUCCUGGUCUUCCAGCUGGUCCCCUGAAAGUGCACCACAGAUCCCCCCAGCCACCCCCCCAGCAGCUCUACCACCAGCUUUCCCACCAGCAGAGUCCCAUGGGAUAGCCCUGCCACCAAAUCUGGUGGCACCACAGGGCUCAGGAGAAUGGCACGGGUGGUUGUUCAGGGUGUGGGAGCGUUUUGGGGGACAUACUCGUCUUUCACAGAUGCUUUUGUCCACCAGGUACGUUUUUAGCUGCCUUCCCCCCCUCUCCCUCACGUCUCGGCUGCCGGGCUGUGUUCCCCACGUGGUGGGAGCAUCCCCAGCCAUGGGCUGUCAUCCCGAAGGAGAGUCCUGGGAAGCACUGUGCCACACGGGAGACACUUGAAUUCUCAUCUCCCCCCUUGCUGGCUCCCAAAGCUCUCAGCCACGUUUCGGCGGUGGGGGUUAUCUGUGCCCAGCCUCUGCACUCUCCCGCCCGGCGCCUGCCUUGUACAUAGCCCUCGAGCGGCCCCUGCACCCUCCCAAACGUUGAAUUAGUUGCAUGUGCUGUUUUUCUCCCCCCCUGAGGCUGUACCCAGCUGGAAAACCUUCGCCGUGGUGGUUUACGAGGCUUCACUCCCUCACCUCUGGGGUCCCAGCCACGACCUGGGGGCUCUUUGGAUGCUCUCCUGGACCAGGGGUGGGAUGGGACUGGAGAAUGCUGUGGGGCAGUGAUGCGGCAGUGCAAGGGUGCCUUCAGGAAGGACCUGGAGAAGGGGAGCCAGCGGCUUUGCCCACCUCUCGGUCCUCAGGCUGUGGUUUUUCUUGGCCUCCCUAUGGCUAGUGGGAUGGGGUUUCCCUCCGGCACAGCCUCCCUGCAGGCAGCAGACCCAAACCACCUCUCCCCAGCCCCCGCCGUGGUGCUGGUGUCCUGUCAAAGCUGGGUGGGAGCUGAACAGGGGCAGGGGGGUGGCCAAAACCCCCUUUCCUACCCAAAUCCCCAUCGGAGCAGGGCCCGGGCACGCUGCUGCCUCCCGCUCGCUCCCGCAGCUCCCUGGCUGCUUAUUUAUGAACCGAGUGCUCGCUUGGUUGGUCGGUGGCUCCUUUUUAAUGAGUAAAACCUUCAAAAUCAGCUUGAACGGGCUCUUCAGUGAUAUGGAGAGAUCCUGCCUUUGAUGGCUUGGAGAACAGCAAUUGGUUUAAUGGAUUUUUUUUUUAAAUCAUUUUGGGACUCGGAGCCUUUUCUUCCCCCCCACCCCUGUUCCUAGCAGAUUUGCUGUGCCUGCAGGGGACAGGGACUCUCCAAACCUCGAUGUUUUGGGUCUUUCCAUGUUUGCAUCCCUGGGAUGGGUGGCUGCCAUGUCCCCAUCGGUGCUGCCAGAGAAGCCCCGUCCUGCAGCAGCCGGUCCGAGGGGUGGCCUGUGCCAUAGCUCUGCCUAAAUUAUACAAAAUCCCCACAACCCCCCCAGGAGAAACCUCUUAAAACUGCAACGUGUGGAAGCCAGAUUUGAUCCGAAAGCUGGGGAGAGAGAAGGCAAGAGCACAUGUUGAGGUUUGGCCUUUGGUUUUCUGCAGCACGUAGAGGGUCUUGCAUGAGCGCAGCGGGACGGGAACGGGCUUAACCCGGCAGUUUCUGGCUCUUUCGGGCAAGCAGCGGAGCAGGAACACAGCCUCGGCACAAGGAACACCCCAGGCUGGCUUAAUUCCCCAUGGCUUUUGGCAAGCACUGACAAAGGAGACGUGCUGGGGACAUUUCAGGGCAGAAGACGGCGAAGUGAUCCCGGAGGAACCUCCCUGCACGGGGCUGGGGCUGUGUGUCCGUGUGUCCAUCCCUGUGUCCAUGCAGCAGUGCCGGUGGGACCCAGCAUCUCCAGAUUCACCACUGCAGCCAUCAUGACCCGGAGGCCCCGGGGACCGAGAACCCCUCCUCCAUCACCGUUGUCAUCUGCCAAUUUAUUUUUUAAGCCAAUAAACUCCAGAGGGGGAGCCCCCACCUAAGGAUGCUCUUUGGCUUCCCGGGGUCAAUAACGCCCUACAAAUUAUUCUCCUCUGCUGUUAUCAUUUUUUUAAACAGUGUUUUGUAAGAUCUCCAACCGACUAUGCAGAGAACGUGUGGAUCUGUGUCUCUCUCCCCAGCUCCCCUCUCCGCCCCCCACCUGCCUUUUUCAGUGUCAAAGUAAAAUAUUUAGCUUUUUUUUUUUUUUUUGGAUAAUAAUAAAACUUUGGGAAAAAAAACCUGAGAAGGUCCAGCUUUGUGGGUGGUGGUGGUGGGGGGGGGGUGGAGAUGC